GGUGACCAGGCUCCGCCCCGCGACGCCCACCCGAGUGCCCGCGGUGACAGGGCUCGAGCCCGCGCGCCACGCCCCCCGCGCGCGCCCUGCGGAGACCCGCCCCCCACGCCUCGACCCCCUCAGGGGGCCCAGGCGGAGCCCCAGUCUCGGCCGCGCCGCCGCCAUCGCCAGCGCCACGUCCUCGCUCUGAAGGACAGGCCUCGCGCCGGGAUCCCCAGCGACUUCUGAGGCGCCAGCAUGGUGGGGGAGCUCCGCUACAGGGAAUUCAGAGUGCCCCUGGGGCCCGGCCUGCACGCCUACCCCGACGAGCUCAUCCGCCAGAGGGUGGGCCACGAUGGGCAUCCCGAGUACCAGAUCCGCUGGCUCAUCCUCCGGCGCGGGGACGACGGAGACGGGAGUCAAGUGGACUGCAAGGCCGAGCACAUCCUGCUCUGGAUGUCCAACGACGAGAUCUACGCCAACUGCCACAAGAUGCUGGGAGAGGACGGGCGGGUCGUCGGGCCCUCCCAGGAGGCGGCCGGGGAAACCGGGGCCCUGGACAAGUCUGUGCUGGGCGAGAUGGAGACCGAUGUGAAGUCUCUGAUCCAGAGAGCCCUGAGGCAGCUGGAGGAGUGUGUGGGCACCACGCCUCCGGCUCCUCUGCUGCACACUGUCCAUGUGCUCAGCGCCUAUGCCAGCAUCGAGCCCCUCACCGGGGUCUUCAAAGACCCCAAGGUCCUGGACUUGCUUAUGCACAUGUUGAGUAGUCCUGAUUAUCAGGUCCGCUGGAGCGCAGGCCGGAUGAUCCAAGCCCUGUCCUCCCAUGAUGCCGGUGAGGGGCCCUGUGGGGAGGAAGGGGGAGCAGAAGAAGGGCUGGGUCGGCUCAGGGCCUCACGGGACACUGUGGCAGAAGCCUCUGCUCUCAUCAGGACCCGGACCCAGAUCCUUCUGUCUCUAAGCCAGCAAGAAGCCAUUGAAAAGCAACUGGAUUUUGACAGCCGCUGUGCCCUGCUGGCUCUGUUUGCUCAGGCCACACUUGCUGAACACCCCAUGUCUUUCGAGGGCAUUCAGUUGCCACAGGUCCCAGGAAGGCUGCUUUUCUCGCUGGUGAAGCGCUAUUUGCACGUCACCUCCCUCCUGGAUCAGCUGAACGACAGUGCCAUGGAACCAGGAGCUCAGAACAAUGCUGCACCCGAGGAUGUGAGCGGAGAAAGGAGCCGGCUAGAGCUGGAGUUCAGCAUGGCCAUGGGCACCCUGAUCUCAGAGCUGGUGCAGGCCAUGCGCUGGGACUGGAACUCAAGCAGACAGGGCCCCUCAGCACGGCCCCCCUGUUCCAUCUUCCAGCCCCAGCUGGCAGAUGCCGACCCAGACUUCCAGCCCGCCCAGGCCCAGCCUUCCCUCAGGAGGUCACGGCGUUUUCGCCCUCGCACUGAGUUCGCAAGUGGCAAUACCUAUGCCCUGUAUGUGCGGGAUACCUUGCAGCCUGGGAUGCGGGUGAGGAUGCUAGAUAAUUAUGAGGAGAUCAGUGCUGGUGACGAGGGAGAGUUCCGCCAGAGCAACAAUGGUGUGCCGCCAGUGCAGGUAUUGUGGGAAUCAACAGGCCGCACCUACUGGGUUCACUGGCACAUGCUGGAGAUUCUGGGCUUUGAGGAGGACAUUGAGGAUGUAGUCGAGGCAGAGGACAAUCAGAGGGCAGUGGUCAGUGGAGCCACGGGUAUAGCCCUGCCCCCUUGGCGGUGGAAGCCCAUGGCAGAGCUGUACGCAGUGCCCUAUGUGCUGCCUGAAGAGGAGGACACAGAGGAGAGUGAACACCUGACCCAGGCUGAGUGGUGGGAGCUCCUCUUCUUCAUCAAGAAGCUGGAUGGACAUGACCACCAGGAGGUUCUCGAGAUCCUCCAGGAGAACCUGGAUGGGGAGAUCCUAGAUGACGAAAUCUUGGCUGAGCUGGCUAUGCCUGUGGAGUUGGCACAGGACCUGCUAUUGGCUCUGCCACAGCGACUUGAUGACAGCGCUCUCAGGGACCUGCUCAACUGCCGGGUGUAUAGGAAAUAUGGGCCUGAGGCCCUGGCAGGACAUCUGGUCUACCCCUCCAUGUUGGAAGUCCAGGCCCAGCCUGAGGAAUCUGUAGAUACAUCUGAAGCAAAAGCCAAAGAGCCCCCAACACAGAGCCCCAGCAGUCCUCUGCAGCAGCUGGUGGAGGGCUUGGGGCCAGCUGGGAAAACCUUGCUGGAAGUGGAGCAAGCCCUCAACUCAGAGGGGAACCCGGACAGUGAACUCAAGCCGGUCUUGCAGCAGCUCCUGAGACAGCUCCUGCGGCAGCCCCAGCCCUUCUUUGCACUGAUGCAGAGCCUGGAUACGCCGGUGGCCAACAAGGCAUUGCAUUUGCUUGUCCUGAGGAUCCUGAUGAAGCUGGUAGACUUCCCUGAGGCACCACUGCUCCCCUGGCAUGAGGCCAUGGAUGCCUGCAUGGCCUGCCUGCGCUGCCCAGAUACUGGCCGAGAGGUGCUCCAGGAACUAAUCUUCUUCCUGCACCGCCUGGCCACUGUGAGUAGGGACUAUGCUGUGGUGCUAAACCAGCUGGGAGCCCGAGAUGCCAUCUCCAAGGCACUGGAAAAACACCUGGGGAAGCUGGAGAUGGCUCAGGAGCUCAGGGAUAUGGUGUUCAAAUGUGAGAAGCACGCCCACCUCUACCGGAAGCUCACCACCAACAUCCUGGGAGGCUGCAUCCAGAUGGUGCUGGGCCAGAUCGAAGACCACAGACGAACCCACCGACCCAUCAACAUCCCCUUCUUUGACGUGUUCCUCAGAUACCUGUGCCAGGGUUCCAGUGCAGAUGUGAAGGAAGAUAGGUGCUGGGAGAAGGUAGAGGUGUCCUCCAACCUGCACCGGGCCAGCAAGCUGACAGAUCACAACCCCAGGACCUACUGGGAGUCCAGUGGCAGUGCUGGCUCCCACUCCAUCACUUUGCACAUGCGCCAGGGCAUCCUCAUCAGGCAGCUGAACUUGCUGGUGGCCAGCGAAGAUGCGAGCUACAUGCCAGCCAGGGUGGUGGUGCUCGGAGGCGAAAACACCAGUGCUGUGAACACAGAACUCAACUCAGUGAAUGUGAUGCCCUCUUCCAGCCGGGUGGUCCUCCUGCAAAACCUGAGUCGAUUCUGGCCCAUCAUCCAGAUCCGUAUAAAACGCUGCCAGCAGGGUGGGAUCGACACUCGCAUCCGGGGACUGGAGGUCCUGGGCCCCAAGCCCACGUUCUGGCCAGUGUUCAGGGAGCAGCUGUGUCGCCACACUCGCCUCUUUUACAUGGUCCGGGCACAGGCCUGGAGCCAGGACAUAGUAGAGGACCGCAGGAGCCUCCUGCAUUUGAGUUCUAGGCUCAAUGGGGCUCUGCGCCAGGAGCAGAAUUUUGCUGAUCGUUUCCUCCCUGACAAUGAAGCUGCCCAAGCACUGGGCAAGACGUGCUGGGAGGCCCUGGUCAGCCCCCUGGUGCAGAACAUCACCUCUCCAGAUGAGGAUGGCAUCAGCCCCCUGGGCUGGCUGCUGGACCAGUACCUGGAGUGUCGGGAGGCAGCCCACAACAACCCCCAGAGCCGUGCAGCAGCCUUCUCCUCUCGGGUGCGGCGCCUCACCCACCUGCUGGUGCAUGUGGAGCCCUGUGAGGCACCCCCGCCAGUAGUGGCCACACCUCGGCCCAAGGGCAGAAACAGAAGCCAUGACUGGAGCUCCCUGGCAACCCGGGGGCUGCCCAGCAGCAUCAUGAGGAACCUGACCCGCUGCUGGCGGGCCGUGGUGGAGGAGCAGGUGAACAAUUUUCUGACUUCACACUGGCGGGAUGACGACUUUGUGCCACGCUACUGUGAACACUUUAACAGUCUGCAUAAGUCAAGCUCGGAGCUGUUUGGGCCUCGGGCAGCCUUCUUGCUGGCGCUGCAGAAUGGCUGUGCCGGUGCCUUGCUGAAGCUGCCUUUCCUCAAAGCUGCCCAUGUAAGUGAGCAGUUUGCCCGCCACAUCGACCAGCGGAUCCAGGGCAGCCGGAUUGGCGGGGCCCGAGGGAUGGAGAUGCUGGCACAGCUGCAGCGAUGCUUGGAGAGUGUCUUGAUUUUCUCUGGCCUGGAGAUAGCCACUACCUUUGAACAUUACUAUCAACAGUACAUGGCAGAUCGUCUUUUGGGCGUGGGCACGAGCUGGCUAGAGGGAGCCGUGCUGGAGCAGAUCGGUCCCUGCUUCCCCAACCGCCUCCCCCAGCAGAUGUUACAGAGCCUGAGCACCUCCGAGGAGCUGCAGCGCCAGUUUCAUGUCUACCAGCUCCAGAGGCUCGAUCAGGAACUCCUAAAGCUGGAGGACACAGAGAAGAAAAUACAGGGGGGACCGGAGGCCAGCGGCCAGCAGCAUAAUAGAAGCAAUGAAGAGGAUUCCGAGGAAGCUGGGGCAGCAGCAGCAGACGUGGAGGAGGAGGAGAAUGAGGACCUCUACUAUGAAGGGACAAUGCCAGAAGUGUCUGUCCUUGUCCUGUCACCACGAUGCUGGCCUACUGCCUCCAUCUGUCACACGCUGGACCCCAGAACCUGCCUGCCUGCCUACCUGAGGGGCACUUUGAAUCGUUACUCCAACUUCUACAACAAGAGGCAGAGCUCCCCUUCUCUGGAGCAGGGCCCUCCAAGGCGCCUGCAGUGGACGUGGCUGGGCCGGGCUGAGCUGCAGUUUGGGGAUCAGACCCUGCACGUGUCCACCAUGCAGAUGUGGCUGCUGCUGCAUUUCAACAACCUGCAGGAGGUCUCCGUGGAGAGUCUGCUAGCACUCUCAGGGCUUUCUCCAGACAUGCUGGAUCAGGCCAUCGCUCCUCUUACAGCUUCCAGAGGCCCCCUGGACCUUCACGAGCCAAAAGACAUCCCUGGAGGGGUACUCAAGAUUCGUGAGGACCAUGAGGAGCCCAGACCAAGGAGGGGCAAUGUGUGGCUCAUCCCACCUCAGACAUACCUCAAAGCUGAGGACGAAGAGGGCCGGAACCUGGAGAAGAGACGGAACCUUCUGAACUGCCUCAUCGUCCGAAUCCUCAAGGCCCACGGGGAUGAGGGGCUGCACAUUGACCAGCUAGUCUGUCUGGUGCUGGAUGCUUGGGAGAAGGGCCCCUGUCCUCCCAGGAGUUUGGUCAGCAGUCUGGGCCGGGGUUCUGCCUGCAGCAGUACUGAUGUGCUCUCCUGUGUCCUGCACCUCCUGGGCAAGGGCACUGUGAGGCGCCAUGAUGACCGGUCGCAGACACUGUCCUAUGCAGUCCCCGUGACAGUGAUGGAGCCUCAAACCGAGUCCCUGAAUCCAGGCUCCACGGGCCCCAAUCCACCCCUCACCUUCCACACCCUGCAGAUCCGCUCCCGGGGCGUGCCGUAUGCCUCCUGCACAAGCACCCAGACCUUUUCCACCUUCCGGUAGCUCUGGAGAGGAGACCAGGCUCACUAUGGAAAUAAAAGGCAGGCAUCUGA